ACAUGACUGGUGAACGAACUCGAUGUUUGAAAAGGGAAAUCAAAUUGACACUCAGGAAACCGCAGAAUUCCGGGGGAAUCACUGUCUCUUCAAGAGAUGAGUAUAAAUACGAUCCACCAUUCUGCAAAGCAGUUACAACUUGGGUUGCAUUUAAUGAACAUGGUUCCCAAAAUUCGUUUCUGGCGAUGUCUCUCUCUGGUCCUUGUUUUCUUUCUGGUAUCCACAUUAGGAAGACAGGUAGAUGUACAACGAAGGCGCCGAAGAGCCUUAAUUUCAGUGCCCUCUGAUCUUGAGGUUCAGUCAACACAUCACAUACAGGAUCACCGUUUAGAAGGAGGGGGAGGUCAUCACCACCAUCAUCAUCAUCAUGAGCAGCAUGGAGAAAAGGGCGAUAAAGCUCAUAAAGGUCAUCAUCAUAACAACAAAGGUGAAAAAAGUCAUCAUGAUAAGGGUCACCAUGAAGGCCAUCACGAAGAGCAUGGUGGUCACAAGAAGGAUCAUCGUGAUGAGCAUGGUGAACAUGGGAAGCAUCAUGAAGCUGAAAAGGGUCACAAAGGCGGAAAAUUUGGUGAGAAAAAAGGUCAUAAGAAGGGUGAAAAAACUAAUGGAUAUCAUCACAAGGCUCAUAAAGACGAGUACCACAAGGAGCACAAGUUUUAUGAUGAUCAUCAUAAGGGAGGUCAUCAUGAGAAGCAUGGUCAUCAUCAUGGCCAUCAUGGGCAUAAAGAGGGACAUCAUAAGAAGGGACAUCAUAAUCACCAUGGACAUCAUGACGACCACCAUGGAAAGAAAGGUCAGACUUCUAAGGGACAUCAUGACGAGGAUCACAAAGGUCAUCAUGGUAAACAUGGCCAUGAGAAGCAUCAUCAUCAUCACAAACAUCAUGAGAAAAAGGAAGAUCAUCAUCAUGGAAAGAAACGUGGCUACAGCAGUGGAAAACAUUAGCUUCGCAAUGUGCCAUAGAUAUUUUUUGUUAACUAUUGUGUAAUGUUUGACCAUUCUUUUAGCAACAGAAUAAAACUUUUUAUUUAUGGAA